AUGGUGAAAGUUGCCAUUAUUGGAAGUGGUUUGAUGGGAUCUAAAAUAGCAGGUGAAAUGGCAUAUCAUGGUCAUCGUGUAAAAAUAACAGAUAAUAACCUAGAUAAUUUAAACAAGGUGUUUGAACGCUUACAGGAAGAUAGGAAAAUGUUAAAACAGGAUGGACUUUUACCUCAUGAUAAUUUUAUUGGUCAAGUUUUAUGUUUGAGUAGACUUGAAGAAACAGUUUCACAAGCAGAUAUUAUAUUUGAAUGUAUAAAUGAAGAUUUAGAAGCUAAAAAAGAUAUUUUUCGAAGAAUAUCUCAUCUCUGUAAGCCAGAUGCCAUUAUAACAACAAAUACACUACGACUUGAUGUUACUGAUAUUACAGAACAUACACAUUUACUAGAGGCAAGUUUUAUGAUAUAG